AUGAAGUACCCUCUCUACAGCAAGCUGCUCAAUCGCGAGCUGGGUCUACGCGACACCAAGUACGAACGCGUGCACGACAUCUACGGCGACAAGCAAUGGAUCCGCGAUCUAGACAUUGUCAACGAGCUCUCGGGCCAUUCGGGCUGCGUCAACGCCCUUUGUUGGUCCAAAUCCGGCCAGCUGCUGGCCUCGGGCUCGGAUGACCAGCACGUCAACAUCCAUUCCUACAUGCCCCAGUCUCCCGAUAAGCAAUUCGACUUCACCACGACCAUAUCCACCGGACACCGCGCCAACAUUUUCUCCGUCAAGUUCAUGCCCUUCACCAAUGACCGUACAAUCGUGACCGCUGCCGGAGACGCCGAAGUGCGCAUCUUCGAUAUCGAAUAUGCUGGAAGCUCCACCGUUCCUUCUGCGCCGUCGAACACUUCUGGUCGUGCUAGGGGAUUGAACACGGUAUAUGAUGGUGUACGCUACCUCAGCGAUAACUCUGCGAAUUGCAAGGUCUUCCGUUCGCACAGCGAUAGGGUCAAGAGAAUUGUCACUGAAUCCUCGCCCUGGCUCUUCUUGACAUGCUCCGAAGAUGGCGAAGUGCGGCAGUGGGAUAUCCGCCAACCUGCGUCCAACUAUCCGGGAUCUAGCUCAUUGGCCAGGCGCACCUCCAACGACGAUAACGUUCCACCACCUCUUAUCUCCUACAAGCGCUACCACCUCGAUCUGAAUACGAUCUCAUGCUCGCCCAGUCAGCCGCAUUACAUUGCGCUAGGAGGUGCUCACCUACACUGCUUUUUGCACGAUCGGCGUAUGACUGGCCGUGACAAGCUUCGUGAGAGGGGCGCCCCUCUCUCUCCGGGAAAGCUCUCCGAGCACGACAAUGAGAUGAUGAGGCAGGCUACUCAAUGCGUUCGGAAGUUUGCACCGAACGGUCAGAAGCGUAUGAAGCGUACAGACAGCGGCCACAUCACGGCCUGCAAGAUCAGUGACCAUAAUCCGAAUGAAAUGAUCGUGAGUUGGUCGGGAGAGUUAAUUUACAGCUUUGAUCUUAUUCACAGCCCCGACGUUGCUGAGCAAGAAGAUGAGACCACGCCGAAGUCUACUAGGGCUAGCAGCAGGGCGAAGGAGUCAAAGGACCGCAAGAGGAAGAGGGCUAGGACGGGCGUUUCUCAGGAGAGUACAGAACGAGCUGGAUCGAGACCGCGAACUGGCGAUGGUUCGGCUGAAGAGGACGAGGAAAUGUCGCUCAUGGUCCACUAUGAGAACGGACAGCGCGAAGAGAUUCCCAUCGAUCCUCCUCAUGCACGCAGCCCCAUCUCAGAAGCUCGUGAGGCUGUCCUUCCCGAGGCUCAGAAGCAAAGCUUCCGCAUCGCCAAGAAUGUAGUUGCCAUGCGCAAGAACCUCUUCACGCUGGGAAAUCGCGGUUCUACUUCAGACUCCGACCCUACCGGCUACGCCGUUCCCUUGACGACAGUCCUUGGCUAUGCUGCUGCCUUCUUACCGCAGAUGGACGAGAUCUCUCGCGACUGGCGCUAUCCGGUCAAUCCUUUGGAUGUUGACGUGAGGUUCCAGAACAAUCUGCGAGAGAGACGCGGAUCGGCCAGGCGCUUUGUUCAGGCCGCAGGAACGUUGUCCAGAGUUCUUGGUGGAAGGCUACGCACAGCUGGCGGUAACACAAGUACCGCCCUGGCUAACUUCGAGAAGAUCGUCCCGGCCCCUCGUGAAGCCAAUGAGAUACCCCGCCACGAACACUUUGGAUACGACUUCCUGAAGGCUAUUCUACUUUGGUUGGAUAGUGGCGUUGGAGCAGUACUAGAAGGGUUCACUAGGCCUUCGGAUGUGACUCGCACUCACCCUCGUUACCCUGUCCCUAGAGACUCCGGCAUCGAUGCCAUCGAUGAGGUUCUUAUUCCUUAUCUGCUGGAGCUGGCCAGUGAAACACCAAUCCUCAACAUUGAAAGCUCUCCUUUCGAGACAGACCAAAACCGUGUCGUCUUCCCCACUGAGAAAGCAGCUGUCAUUGCGUUCGCACAGGCACUCAAGAUACCCUUUGCAGAUCUAUCGAGCGCGGUUGUCCCAGUUUCCCAAAGCGCUGAAGGCGGUAGCUCUGCUCCUGAGGCUAUCGGAGCGCAAGACCGGAAGGCUGCUCUCAGGUUCUGGGGAUUCAAGGUUGGUAGGGGUGUUCUAAUGAAUGCCGGCCAGAAUGUCGACUUUGCAUUCGUAGACCGCGCUUUCGGUGGUCUGGGAAGGGGCGAUAUGAACAUCCGACAAGACGAAGCCAGAAUUCGCAGGGCUUGGCAGACGAUCGACCCUGAUGAAGAUGAGGGGGUUGUGGAAAGCGCGCGUCUUGUCCGCCGCACCAGAGAUUCAGCUUCUGGAAACGAAGGAACUGCGGAUGGUGGCGAGACAAUGGAGAGCGACGGUGAGCAGUUGGCUCUGGAGGAGCUUACCGAGAUCAUCACUGAGCAUCGCGAUGACGAUGAGGACGAUGACGAUGAUGAUGCGGGCGAUGACGGUGAUGACUCGGAAGAUGACAGCGAGGAAGAUGAUGACGAUGACGACGACGAACCUACUAGCAUUCUCUUCCGUUCUGCUUUCGAGCGUUCGAGGUUGAAAGAGAAAGUUGAGGUCGACAAGCCAUGCUUACCGCACACUCGCCAGUACCGUGGUCACUGUAAUGUGAAGACCGUCAAAGAUGUCAACUUCUUUGGCUUGGAGGAUGAGUACGUCGUCAGCGGUAGUGACUCAGGUCACUUCUUCAUCUGGGACAAGAAGACUAUGCAGAUCGUCAACAUUCUCGAAGGCGACGGAGAGGUUGUCAAUGUGGUUCAAGGUCAUCCCUACGAGCCAAUGAUUGCUGUAUCUGGCAUCGAUCAUACCGUCAAAAUCUUCAGUCCCGACGCUCGCGCUCGCCGCAACGCCCGCCUUGGCAUUGGCGUAACCCCCGGUGACGCUUCGCAAUUCUCGUCCAUCUCUUUCGGUCGCCUACGCCGUGCUCGCCCUUCUCGUUCCCAGCCACCUGCCGAUGAGGUCGAUACCACCACCGUCCCCGAAGGCGAUGAAGACGAAGAUGAGCGCGCCACACGCAACGGACUCGCAAGUCGCCGCCGUAUGCAUGAUGAAUAUCGCAUCACGUCCGAGAAUGAUGUCAACCGCGCUGGUGGAAGCCGAGAGAACUACAUCACCCGCGGAAUGCUGGCCGAGCUGGCCCAACGCUUCUACAUGAACCCGGACGGCGACGACGAUGAUGUCGAGGGUGGUCCGCACCAGAUAAUUGGUCGCACCGCUUCUGAAAGGAUCCUCAGGAUCGCUCUACGCAACGUCGGAUACCGCCUCCUGCCUGGUCCCACGGGGCUCAAGCUCGAAUUGAGCGGACCCACCAACGGAAUCUGGACGCGUCGUCUCCGUCUCGGCCAGGCGGACAGGAGACUGCUGCGCGUGCUGCACUGGCACUCCGGCGAGAGGCUCAGGCGUAGGCUGGGCGCUGCCAGGCCGCGGGUGCAGUUCACUACUAGGGAUCUGGACGAGAUCAUUUUUGGCUUGGCUAACUGA